AUGUUUAAGGAAAACAACACCCCUGGAGCCGCACUCCAGAACUCCAUCUCACCAGCUGGGAUCCAUUUCCAUGGGGCAUCGUCGUUUUACUCGUCACCCGCGGCGACGUGCACCGACCGUCUAUGCCAGAAAUUCCAAUUAAGACAAAUUUCCCACACUCUCUCUCUCCCUCAGUUGGUGCAAAGCUGGAAUUUAGUUGGAUUUACUGGCGAGACAGCUGCAAGACACGAUGUUGCCGCCCGGGAAAACGUCGACCUGGAGUGCUUUCUGGUGACCAAGCACUCCUGGAAGGGCAAGUACAAGCGCAUCCUCUCCAUCGGCACAGCCGGCAUCUCCACCUACAAUCCUGAAAAAUUCGAUUUAACGAAUCGCUGGUCCUACUCGGAUAUUGUGGCGGCAGCCCCCACCAAGACCACAAAUAUACCGAAUGAGUUCGUGCUGACCAUCAAGAAAGACAAGAAGCUGGAUACAAUCAAAUUAUCUUCGGAAUAUCGCAAUGACAUACUCAGCUCUAUAUUGAAAUACUACAAAGAGUUUGCCGAUAAACCGAAAAACACUCAGCGCUUCAGUGCGUACAAGUACCACUGGUCGGGCAUCAGCCUGCCCACUGUGCUGGAGGUGACGCCUUGUUCUCUGGACCAGCUGGACCCCACCACAAACGAUGUGCUCGCCAGCUACAUGUACAAGGACAUUGAGGGAAUAAUAGUUAGUCCACCAUCCAUUUUGGAUGUUCCUAAACCGCACGUUUCUAUGCGAUAGUUAGCCGAUGGUUUUCAAAUGCAACUCUGAAUAAUUGUCAUUCACAAUGGAAAAAUGGUAUUCACUGCGAAAACGUAAACAAUGAUUGUGACAAAAUUAACAAAAAACAAAAACAAGAACAGAACAGCUCGGAAGGACAGCAGACCAAAUUUUUGAAAAACUUGUUAAUAAAAUGGAUUUAGUGCCAGAAAACUCCUCCAGUGCAAACAAGAGAACAACAGCAGGCGGCAGGGUGAAAUGGAGUGCCGCGCUUGAGAGCCUGCUGAUUGACAUAUGGCAGGAGAAAAUUGAAGAUUUGCGCGGACCACGCAAAAAUUCACAUGUGUACAUGGAGAUGCCCGAGUCCAUGAAGGAGGCUGGGCUUGAGCUUGGAUGGGGCGAGAUAAGGAAAAAGCUCGAGAACAUGACCAAAAAAUACAGGAUUGAAAAAAAUAAAAUUGGACCGAGCGGGGGUGCUCCAUCUGGGUGGCAACAUUACGAUAAAUUAAACUAAUUUCUGGGGUGCUACCGGAUAAACAACAUGGAGCAGAGCACAUUGGACAACGACAAUCCUGAUGAGUACUUUUCGGAUAUUAUUGAGAUGGACCUGGACGGAUCUUGUAGCUCCAGCACCUUGUCUGGGCGUCCGCCAAAGAAAAGAAAAAGACCGACAUUUCGUGGCUGGCAGAGAUCGCCCAGGAGCGUCUCGAACAACAAAAGGACCACCACAGAAAGAAGGAAGAGCACGACGUUAGGCAGGAGAAGAUGGUGCAGGACUUGAUCAGCACCCAAACAAAAUUCCAGAACGACUUAUUAGAAGUUUUAAAAAAUAAAAAUAAAUAAGUUUUUAAUUUUCAUUACGGUCUACACAAUAUUUUGCGAUUGCAGAUCGUAUCUGUUCUGCUGACUGAUUAAAGUCAGCAGAACUGUUGCUGGUAUCGGGCUGUUCGCGCUGCUCAUUUGUUGCAAGCUCCCAAUUUUCAUUAAUCGCGCUGUUGUGCAUAUUUAAUAUAUUGUGUAAAAUACAACAGCUCA